AUGAACUAUGAUUAUGAAGAUUAUGAUUAUGAUUUUUCUACUUAUAAUUCAACUUCUGAUAGUUCGUUUAUAACCAAUCAACAGAUAGACUCACUUGACCAAGAUGAUGAUAAUAUUUCAAUUUCACAUUCUCAAUCACUAGCACCCUCAUUUAACAAAAUUAAUGAUAGUCAUAUUGCUAAAAAGGCAAAACUUUCUAAUAAAGAUAAUUUUAUAAAAUCUUUUUUUACUUUUUAUGAGCAACCUGGUCAUAAGCCUGAAGACAAAUCAACAACUAAGCUUAAAUGCUCGAUUAAAAGUUGUCAAACAAAAUAUACAGUCAAUGAACUUAAAAAGUUUUCUCAACAAAUACUGGAAACCAUGUUAUUAAAACCUUAUCCACAAGCAAAGCAACAAAAACUUACACAAGAUGUUCUUAGACUCUUUAUUUCCU